AUGUCCGACACCUGGUCCCACCUGACAUGCCCACCCCAACCACCUUUCCCCGUCCGCAUAUCUGACGAUGUGUUCCUACCGGUCCCCUCUCCCACAUCACUCCGAGCAUCAUCUUCAGAACCUUCACUCAAUUUCGAGCUGAAGGGUUUGAAGGUGUUGUUGAAGGAGAAAGGCGAGAAGGAAGUAGUCAAAGUGUCUGAAAUCAAGAUGAAAAGACGAAAUACCUUGUUGAUGACACCAGGCGAAGUCCACAGACUUGGUAAUCUAUCUGUAUCCAUCCUUCCUCAGUCACAGCCAGAGUCGAAACAAUCAGUUAGAAAGACCAUCAUACCCAAAACGCCUCAACCAAUCCAUCGAAAGGCUGCUUCGGACAUAUCCACACCAUCUACUUCAUCGGAUUUCAACGAUGAAGAUGAGGAGGGAUCAGAGUACGAUACCUGUUCCUCAACAUUUUCCACACCCUUCUCAUCCCUUCGACAAAUCAGUGCGAAAUACAAGAAUAACGAUGGCUUCGAAUCUCCCUGUCCUUCUCAACCAUCUUCCAAUAUCCUCAAACCAACUUCUAUACUUGUUCACAGCGUCGACGAUGACGAUAACGAAAGAGGUACUUUCGGUCAGAGACGUAAAAACUCCGGGAUGCAGAUCGAUGGUUUACCGUCCUCGAGAGAUCCCAAUAACUUCAGUCUCUGGAGAUCACCCAGGAACAACGCUGCUAUCGUCGGAUCAUCACCUUUCGAAGAGAGUCAGCCUAAGAGACGGAGGAUAAGUCAGAUCGAAUGGGAAGGUAUGCCCUGUCCUGAGGAAUUGGUUUCGCCAAAGAUGAAGCAGAGAAUUAACGAAUUGGGCAAAGGGUUCAGUUGGGCUAGUUUGCAUUGA